AUGUCGAACUCCAAUUUCAACCCCAGCACGAGCGCCCCUUUGAACCCCCGCCUCGACGCCGUCCCAGUGGCUGGGAGUCAGGCCAAGUCCGAGGCCAACUCCUCAGCUAAAAACGACAACGCACCCUGGGCGGUGGGGGGCGAGAUCUGUGGGAUCCACGAAAGAGGUGCUCGUGCCGGCGGUGCGCGUGGUCUCGGAAACCACAUUCUCGGGGCUGCCGGCGCCCUAGUCCUUGGUUGUCCCGAUGCUGCUGCUGAUGCAGUUCUUGACGCCAUCAACGCCAACAAGGACAACGUCAACAAGGACAACGUCAACAAGGACAACAUCGCCAACAAGAACAAGCAGACCGAUACCAGCAGCAACGACAAUAACAACAACGAUGAGGACAGCAACAUCGCAACCCAAUUCGCACCCUGCUACCCUUGCGAAGCCGACAUCCGCCUCGUCAUCUGCGAUCGGUCCGGCGAAGUCCGUGGCUACGACGUCCAGAAGGAGCCGAUGGAGGAUGCGUCGCUGGUGUGGCGCGAUAUCUUUGCUCAGUUUGCUGCUCAGAUGCCAGUUAAAAAAGAAAAGGCCAGAAAGAGCGAAGAAGAUCAAGAACCCCCGCCGGUGCUGGACCUGACGCAGGUCAAGCAGCCGUAUGAUGCGGCUGGCUUUGAGGUGGUGCUCUGGUUGAUGCAUGGGCUGUUUUCGAAGGUUGAGAGGGCGCCGGCGAUGAAGUUGUUGUAUAAUGUGGCUCAGGUUGUGGAGAUGUAUCAGUGUUGGGGGGUGUUGGCUUCACAUUUGAAGGAUUGGUUGAUUCACCUUGACCGGUAUAUUUGCGCCCAUCAUGACAGCGUCGACGAUGAAAAGCUGCUCUUCAUCAACUGGGUCUUUGGUGACGCCCACUUGUUUCUCGGGGUGCUGUUUCGCGCCGCCCAUAAGGCCACGAUUGACCAAAAUGGCAAUCUUCGGGAUAGCCGUGGCAGACUGUGGUCCCUCAACCCGGACCUGCCCCGUCCCAUCAUCGAUUCCAUCCCCCAACUCCGCUUGGUGACCAUCGAACGCAUACUCGGCACGAUUACGCAAGUCGUGUCCUACCUAGAGAGUCACAAGAAUAGUUCUGGGCACUGCCACGUCUACGACAACAAGAAGAAUCCUUUCAUCUCCAAGACCAUCGCGGCCGAGUACUCUCACUUGUGUCUCCAAAUCCAACUCGACUCUCUCCUCGCUGGACUCGACGCGGUCGAGGUUGGUUACCCUACCCCGGCGUCCAGGGCCUCGGAAUACCACGAGAGCGUCAACACGUUCGCCAACAAGAUUCUCGACAUUAAAAUUGCCCGACUGCAUAUCCCGGACGGCCCAGAGUUUCUGGGAUGCCACGUGGGCUGCGGGCAGUAUCUUCGGGGGUGCAUUGUUAGGAUUAUGAAGCAGAAUCAUCUGAUUCUGCCACAGGAGAUAAAAGAAAAGAUGGAUGAGCGACGGUUGCGGUCGGAGGCGUGUCCGGGAUUGAGUGGGCUGGUGAGGGGCUGUCGGUGUGCCCUUGGGCAUGGCUUUUGA